UGUUAUCUAAGCUUGGAGACUAUAAAAGCAAAGAAUAUAAAGAAGAAAUGGAGACUUGACACCACAACAUCAGAAAAUGGCGGCAACUUUGUUCCGGACGGUCGCCGUCUUAUUCUUACUGUUGCAGUUUCUGACGUUGGUUGUAAGCAGUUUUCCGGCGACUAUGAAUCUGGAGAGAGCUUUUCCGACGAGUCAUAGAGUGAAACUGAGUCAUCUCAGAGCCCGAGAUCGUGUCAGGCAUGGUAGGAUGUUGAGUGGUGUUGUUGAGUUCCCUGUAGGAGGCACCUUCAAUCCAUACUUAGUCGGGCUAUACUUUACAAGCGUCAAAUUGGGUACUCCUGCAACAGAAUUCUAUGUGCAGAUUGAUACUGGAAGUGAUGUUUUGUGGGUUGGUUGCAGUUCCUGCUCCGGUUGCCCCAAAUCCUCUGGACUAAAAAUACAGCUCCAAUCUUUUGAUCCUCAGAGCUCAUCAACUUCUUCAGUGGUCUCUUGUUCUGAUAAAAUGUGUACCAUUGGACUUGAUACACAAGAUUCUACCUGUGAUUCACAAAAUAAGCAGUGUACUUAUGCAUUCCAAUAUGGAGAUGGGAGUGGGACAUCGGGUUAUUAUGUGUCAGACCUAUUACAUUUUGAUACAGCAUCCGGUAAUCAGUCCGUGUCAUCGAAUUCUUCAGCUUCCGUCGUCUUUGGGUGCAGCACAUCAGCAAGCGGGGUGCUGCAGAAAACAGAUAGAGCAGUUGAUGGGAUUUUUGGAUUUGGGCAGCAGGAAAUGUCUGUCAUCUCACAGCUUUCUUCAAAGGGAAUAACUCCAAAAGCAUUUUCUCAUUGCUUGAAAGGAGAUGACACUGGCGGGGGCGUACUGGUUCUCGGUGAGAUCGUUGAACCUAACAUUGUUUAUAGCCCACUUGUUCAAAAUCAGGCUCAUUAUAACUUAAAUCUGGAGAGCAUUAGCGUUGGUGGUCAAACAUUACCAAUUGAUCAAUCAGUCUUUGAAACGUCAAGCAACAAAGGAACAAUAGUGGAUUCUGGAACAACUUUGGCAUACCUUGCAGAAGAUGCAUAUGAUCCUUUUGUCAAUGCAAUUACAAGUGCUGUUUCACAGUCUGUGACUCCUGUUACUUCCCAGGGAGAACAAUGUUACAUAGUCACCUCCAGCAUCACUGAUGCAUUUCCCCAAGUUAGUUUGAACUUCGCCGGUAACGCAUCCAUGAUAUUAAGACCUGAGGACUACCUGUUGGAGCAGAACUCUGUCAACGGUGCUCAAGCAUGGUGUAUUGGCAUUCAGAAAAGUGAGGGUCAAGAUAUAACUGUCUUGGGAGACCUCGUCCUAAAAGACAAGAUCAUUGUCUAUGACUUGGCUAAUCAACGUAUUGGUUGGGUUCAAUAUGACUGUUCAAUGUCAGUCAGCGUCUCUUCGAAUACUAGCACCGGAACUGCAUCAGUAAAUGGAGGGUCCAUAGACGUCAACGUUAACAACAGAAGUUCAUUGAGGAAUGACCCUCUCAAAUUGAUUCCCAUAUGCAUGAUGAUAGCUUUCCUUGUUCACAUAUCGAUCAAUCGUUGACAUUUUGCUAUUCUUGAAGCACAUAUAGUCAUUGUACGUUCGAAAUGCAUGAUUAUACUGCAAUAAGCCUCAGAUCAAUACUCCUUCUGCAAUACUUCGAUUGUAUACCUUCUCCCGAGAUCUCACAUUAGAACAUUCACUGCAGCUGGAAAUCUCUAGGUGCACAUGCUCACUGUGUAGCAGAAUUUGUUGUUUGAUCUGCCAUUCAGAUUAGGAUUGUUAUUCUUUCAUCGAUAUCAGGUACAUAGAAUUACAAAUUUCAUUGGGUUUUUUUGUUUUUGGCACCACUGUAAAUGACAUUCAUAAUGGUAUUUUACUCCAUAUACUGUCGAUUUAAAAUUAUAAAA